UUUUACUAACUUUUCCCAUCAUCCCCAUGAAAAAUAAAUAAAACUCUUUGCUACUUUCUUUCUCUUUUCCUGCAAUUUUUUUUAUUCUCUGAUCUGGAGGGAUCCUACUAAAAAGCCUAUCUUCUCUUGUUUCCAACACCAUCCAUGCACAUCAUAACCCACUCAUAAUCUAAUCACUCCACUUUUUUCUUUCUGGUCUUUUGUUUUCUCGAUUAAGAUCUUUACCCAAAGGCCUAAGCUCAUAUACACUAUGUUGAGAACCACGGCCUUGCCUGAUCUAUCCUUGCAGAUUAGCCCACCAUCACUUUCAGAUUGCAAGGCCAAGGAAAUGGCCUACGAUGGGUUCUCAAGGAGUUCAACCACUGAUUCCGGCAGCAGUGGAAGCGAUUUCAUCCACGAAAAUGGACAUUGUAACCCUGGAGAGCUCACGUUGAGCUUAGGGUUUGAAAUGGCUGAUCAUCUCGGUCCUAAUUCCCAGCAACCCAGCAACCUUAACCAUUAUCAUCACUAUCAAUAUCAACCUCAAAUCUACGGUCGUGAUUUCAAGAGAAGUUCAAGAAAUAUUAAUGGAGCGAGAAGAAGCAUCAGGGCUCCCAGGAUGCGAUGGACUACGACCCUCCAUGCUCAUUUUGUUCAUGCAGUCCAGCUUCUUGGAGGCCAUGAAAGAGCAACACCGAAAUCUGUCUUAGAGUUGAUGAAUGUCAAGGAUCUAACCCUAGCUCACGUGAAGAGUCACUUGCAGAUGUAUAGAACAGUGAAGAGCACUGACAAAGGAUCAGGUCAAGUGCAGACAGAAAUGAGUUUAAUCCAAAGGUCAGGGAUUGUUGAUUUAGAUGGUAAAACAUCACCACCACAACAGACGCCACAAAGACCCAAAGCGGUUCGUGGUUAUCAUCAAUGGAGGCGAAUAAUUUGAGCAUAUCAAGUCAUGGAAAUGGUUUGACUUUACAGCCAAAUGACGAUGCUAAGGUGGAUGGAAACAAUAAAGUGCUUCAUGUGUCGGACAGAAGGGAGAGAUUAGAUUCCAGCUCUUUGCCGUUGCUUAACCUAAAAUUCACCCUCGGAAGGCCGAGCUGGCAAAUGGACUAUGCUGAUGAGUCUUCAAAUGAGUUAACCCUUCCCAAGUGUUAAACAUAAUAAUA